AUGCCGACCCGUAUCACUAUAGAGAAUCAGUACGAGCCGAUGGUAAUGGUAUCGGAAACAACCACAUUCCCUGUCGAAGAUGAAUCAAAUCUUAUUCACGCAAAUGCGGAAUCUUUUCACCUCUUAAAUCCUAUUUACACGUAUUGCUCACAGGAAGUUAGUUCACUACCGUCAUUGAGAGUCCCCGGCGCCGGCGAGGUCGGUCCGAGGCGGCCGCCCUGGAGGUCGCUCUCGAGGUCGAAGAGGUCGAGAGGUUCGAAGAGGCCGGCCGGGAGGUAG